AUGCCGAAGCUUAUCUGCGUCGUCGGAGUUACUGGCAACCAGGGCGGAUCUGUCGCCGAACGGUUCUCCAAGGACCCGGAUUACCGGGUUCGCGGGCUUACCCGCAACCCCGACUCGCCUGUCGCCCAAAAGCUCGCCGCUCGGGGCAUCGAAAUCGUCAAAGCGGACCUUGAUGAUGUGAACACGCUGAUCCCUGCGUUUGCGGGCGCAAAUGUCAUAUUCAGCGUCACAAAUUAUUGGGAGCCGUUCUUCCGACCCGACUGUCGCCAACGGGCUGCGGAAAGUUCGAUUUCCUGCCGAAAGUACGCUUACGAUGUCGAGUAUCAGCAAGGGAAGAACAUUGCAGAUGCCGCUGCGGCGACGGUCGACACUUUGGAUGAGAAUGGAUUCCUCGUCUCGACGUUGAGCCAUGCAGGAAAGUGUAGCCAGGGCAAAUUCGACGAGCUGUAUCAUUUCGAUUCAAAGGCGGAUAUUUUCCCCGGCUAUGUGAAUGAAAAGUACCCAAACUUGGCGAAGAAGAUGUCGUGUGUUCAGACGGGGUUUUUCAACUCUAGUUAUAAGCUGGUUCCCGAAGCGUAUUUCCAAAAGAUGCCCGACGGGACUUUCAAAAUGUGCUUCCCUACCACUCCUGACGCAAAGAUACCUCACCUCGCUGUCAAUGAAGAUCUCGGGAAUUUCGUUUAUGCUGUUUCCAAAAUGCCUGCCGGCAGGGCCUACAUGGCCGCUGGAUCAAUCUGCAGUUGGAGCGAGUAUAUGCGCAUUUGGAGCCAGGUUACUGGUCUCAAAUCAAGUUAUGAGCAAGUUACCAUUGAACAAAUCAUUAAAUCCACGCCCGAUAAGGAAUUCGGGAGAGAAGUCGGGGAUAUGUUUGCAUAUUCAUCCGAUCCGGGAUACGAUGGCGGUGACGACUCACUAUUGAAGGCGGAGGACCUACGAGCCGCUGGCAUUGACUGCCCGAUGACGACCCUGGAGCAGUGGAUGAGAAAAGAGGACUGGUCUCCGGUCCUUGCUGCGUAG